GGCUUCGGGAGGGGGCGGGGCAUUUGGGUGAUGGCGGUUUGAUGCGAUAGGCGGAGCGCCUGGAGGGGGCGUGGCCGUGACGUACUUCCGGUAGCGCCGCCAAUGAGGAAGGGGCAGAGCGGCGGCGCGCGAUGGCGGGCGAGGCGGUGACGCUGCAGCUCGGGCAUUACGCGGGCUGCGUGGGCGCCCACUGGUGGGGGCUGCAGCGCCGCCCCCCGCAGGACACCGAGCUGAGCCACGCCGCGCUGCUGCGGGCCGGGCGGGAGGGCUGCACGCCGCGUCUGAUCGCGUUGGAGCUGAAAGGCGGUGUUGGCCCGCUGGGGCGCGGCGGGGUCCGAGCGGAGCCGCUGGCGGCAUGGCGCGGGGAUGUGGCCAACUACGCGGAGCCGGGAACCGGGACGGAGCAGCGACCGGGAGACGCUUCAGCUGAUGGAGACGGCAGCUCCAGCGCUUCCGUUCAAGAUGCAGCUCCAGCCCCAGGGAGCAGCACGCAGCUCUGGUCCGAUUAUCUCAGCGUUCAGCUGCACCCCAGAAGCAUUUAUGUCCUCCAGCAAUACAACCACGAUGGGGAUUCUGGUCGUCUAGAAGCCUUUGGGCAAGGAGAAAAGCUCCUGCAAGAUGCUGGCUGUAUGGAAGAGGUGGAAGAUCGCCUCCACUUCUAUGUUGAGGAAUGUGAUUAUCUGCAGGGAUUUCAGGUCCUCUGUGACCUCCACGAUGGGUUCUCUGGAGUUGGUGCCAAAGUGACAGAACUGCUGCACGAUGAGUAUUCAAGAAAAGGAAUCCUGACCUGGGGCUUGACUCCAGUCACUCCUAACAUGGGAGAUCCUCAGAAGAACUUUUACAGAGUGCUGAACACAGCCCUUGGCAUCGUGCACCUCUCUGCUCACAGCUCCCUGUUCUGUCCUCUGUCACUCAGCGGCAGUUUAGGAAUCAAACCCCAACCUCCCAUCACGUUCCCCUACCUAAACUACGACGCAUCCCUGAACUAUCACAGCAGUGCAGUUCUGGCAGCAGCACUCGAUGCCCUCACAGUUCCGUACCGCCUCUGUUCCUCUCGAGGCUCCAUGAUGCACCUUGCUGAGAUGCUCAAUUUCUCUGGGAGAAAGGUUGUGGCUGCGUGGGCUGCUGUUCCCUUCCCUGCUGUGCGUGGCCACUCACUCCCAGAUGCUUUAUGUGCACACCAGCAGGACGUGCCCUGGAAGCUUCUGUCCUCAUGUGGGGAGCAAAAGGUCAGCCGCUGUUUUGCUCAGUCUGUUGUGCUAAGAGGAAUUUGCAAAGAAAACCCAACCAGCUGCCCAGGACAGCAGCCGCCUUCUCCACUUCAUGCCUGUGAGACAGCUGAGCAGGUGCUGCAGUAUUAUUUACACACUGUGUUUCCUGGGGCAUUCAGUGCAUCCCACAUUCUCGAGCAGCCAUGUGUUACUCUACCUCCAUAUCCCCACAUUUUUUCUUCUCUGCUGAGCAGACAAGGCUUCCUCCUAGACGAUCUUUCCAGUUAUUCUGCAGCAGCUGUUGAAAGCAUCCCUGUGCUGACAUCGCUGCAGUCCUCACCAGCUCUGCGCACGCUCCUGUCUGAUCUCUGCAAGGACCUCCAGAAGUUGGGCACUCGGCGCUGUGCCAGCUUCUUUGCUGCAGGAGUUGAAGAGGACGACUUCCACGAGGCCUUCCAGGAGCUGAGAACUCUGUCACAGUGCUAUGAAAUGGGUUUUGAAGGUGAUAACUCUGAGGAUGAAAGCGACUCGGACUGAUGGAGCUUUAUUACAGGAGAUAGAGGAAGGAAGGAGAUUCUUGAGAUUGCUUUCAAAAUAAAGGGCCAUUUUCAGAGCCAUUCCCAA